UCGAACGAAUAGUUUGUUGGACGUUUGCUAGUACUAUACAGAGAAGUCAUAAUGUCCGGACGUGGCAAAGGCGGAAAAGUGAAGGGAAAGGCAAAGUCUCGCUCCAGCAGGGCUGGCCUCCAGUUCCCCGUCGGCCGUAUUCAUAGGCUCCUUCGCAAAGGCAACUAUGCCGAGCGUGUCGGAGCUGGAGCUCCUGUUUACUUGGCGGCCGUUAUGGAGUAUUUGGCUGCUGAAGUGUUGGAAUUGGCGGGAAACGCUGCACGUGACAACAAAAAGACGAGGAUCAUCCCACGUCAUUUGCAGCUGGCCAUUCGUAACGACGAGGAACUGAACAAGUUACUGUCUGGUGUGACCAUCGCUCAAGGCGGUGUGCUUCCAAACAUUCAGGCAGUUCUGCUACCCAAGAAGACUGAGAAGAAGGCGUAAACAGUGUCCCUCAAUUAAACAAAAAUGGCCCUUAUAAGGGCCGCAAAAUGGUUUAACGUAGAAUAUGCACCUGAUUCACUAUUCGGUCGCUGUGUUUCUUCAUCUCUUAAUAACAAUUUAACCGUCCGGUCAAUAACCAAAAUUUCAUCAUUCGUUCAAUGAUCGGGUACCCACUUACUGCGCGCUACUGGGCUUAGCGGUUACAGUUAACUUUGUGGAAUAUAAAAUAACAAUAGCGAAACCGAACAAUCAUUAGGUACCUGGGUACCCCGUUAUUACUCUGUGCCAGUUGGCUAUCCGGUUGCAGUUAACUUUGUGGGGUAUAAAAUAGCAAUAGCGAAACCCAACGAUCGUCAGUCGUAAGGUAGUUUUGGAACCGAGCAGAUGCUAAAGCAAGUUUUCUGUGAAGUGUAAUAGAGAGAACAAAAUUAUAAACUACAACAUUUCUUGUGACGGUGAGAAAAAAUAUACAAAUUUAUAAAUAUUAUAAAUAAAUAAUCGUAUUGAUUAUCGAUACGAUGGAUGAUUCAUCAAGUUUUCACCGGUAAGCUGUGAUUUCCUUGUUUUAUUUUCGAGUAAAUUAUUUGAUAUCUUC